UGUUCAGUUAGAUCAGCGUUCCCUUGUAAUUGUCUUGUGCCAAAUGUCAUUGAGUGUGUUCCUGAAUGGGGGGAGGGAUUCUGUGAUUCUGUGAUUCUCUGCUCCUCUGCUGCGCAGCGCUUUUACGCAGCUCGGCGCUCGUAACUCCUGCUGCUGCUGCUGCUGAAUUCCAAGCAGGCACGCAGUCAUCAUGAACCACGGGCUGCUCUCCUCCACCGUCGUCUACCGCACGUUUGGUUUAGGAGAAACCGUGUUCUCUCUCUUCGGAUGACUCGGUGCUCUGUUUCCGACGCAGCGAUGAUUUAUCGGGGCUUGGUUUUGCUUCAGAGGAGCGCGGACAUCACGGAAGACAUCGAUUCUACUCUGUGGAUUUGUCUCUAGUUACCUGAGCAGAGCCAACUUUGUCCUUCUGAUGGCAUAACUGAAUGAGAUGCAACAUCUGACUCCAACAACACAGCUCAUGGCUGAAAGUACAAGGUGAGGGUGUGGUUGAGAGUGUGAGCUGUAAAGUCCCCACAAUUACAUCACAUGGAGGUCAAAGGACAUCUGAUCACAUCAAUGGGUCUGGGGGCUCCUGAUGUUCAAGGCAGCCAGGAGAACAAGCUGCAGGCUGAGAGGAUUGCAGUGCUACAGGAAAGGAAACAGGCCCUGGAGACUCUGCUCAGCACCAGAGUGGGAGAGCUGAAACAAGUCUGUCUACAGGAAGCGGAGCUGACUGGGAAGUUGCCACAUGCUUUCCCCCUGGAGACAGGAGUGAAACCACCACUGGUGCAGCGCAGAGCUGGCCUGACGCCCAACACCAAAGCUGAGGAUGAAGCUGCCCAAAGGAAGCAGAUUAAAGCCAUCUUCACUAGUGGUCUGUACAGACAAGCGGAAUCAGACCGAAAUGUCCCAAAUAGCAAGAGGACAGUUCAUCGGGGCUGUCACACAGAGGACACUGUCAUAUCAGAGAGUACAAGCUCCAUGUCAGACUCAACAUCCCAUGACAAUGAGUCGUCUCCCAGCGUGGCUGCUGAUCAGCGCUCUCUGUCUCAGCCUCGGCUCACUGUGGGCAGCCCUGACCACAGAAUCAGCAGGAAACUGUCUCCAGUAGAGAUUUACUAUGAGAUGAGGACGCGCCGAAACUCCGUCACAAGCUCUGUUAGCCCAACUCACUCUUUGCCAAGAAGUGUAUCCAAUGUUGAAGGUAGAAGUGUUCCAGCGACUCCUCUGUUGGCGCGAACUGCUCCAAUCAGCGUUCAUGUCAGGUCAGAUGCAUCGGGGGGCAACGGGUUGAAGCAGUGGUCUGGCAGCCUGGAUGUGCCGUAUAUGAUUCCACUGGCCCAGGACGGCUCGUCCUCUGACCGCCGAAGCUGCCCAUACAGCUCCCGGGCCAGACGCAGUAACAGCUCAGAGGCCCUGCUGGACAGAUCAAACCUCCCUGAUGAUCAGGCACCCAGGAACGGGAUGCCCCCCAGAGGAGGGCCCUUCAAGAGCUCAGAGACACUCACUGAUGGAAAACUGCGACACAUUAAUCUGGGCAGCCCUGAGAGACAUGUGGACAGCUAUGCAGAACAGGCCAAAAUCCGUCUCUCCAUGGGUGGCAGAGGUGCAGGUGCAGGUUACAAUGAGCUAUUAAUGGACUAUAUCUGGGGAAAACACCAGAAUUUGCAAGUGCAGCAGCAACUGUACCAGUCUACAGGCAGGAGCUGGCAGGACAUGUCUUCUCCUCGCUCCUCCACAGUGGCUCCUCAGGCAAAUGGAUUUUCUCAUUCCCAGGUGCAUCUACCUAGCGCUGCACCUCCGUAUAGCCCCAUGGUGCUGCGAGGGUCCCAGGCCGAACUGCGCAGAGUCAAAGUCACCAGAACCAAAUCUUGUGGACCUUUUAUACCUUUGCAGCAACAACUCCAGGAUGCAAUCCUAUUUUCAGCAUAUGAGUCUCCCCUUCCUGCCUCUGGCACCACAUCCUCCAUCCCCAACCUGCACCCUUACCAGACUGAGGUGUCUGGCCCCUCCUUCAGUCACAGACCCCCACAGUUUUCUCUCCCAACCCCAGAGGACUCGACUAGAAGUCUGCAUAAAGCCCUAGCCCUGGAGGGGCUGAGGGACUGGUACCUGAGGAAUGCCCUUGGUUAUCCACCUGCCGUCUCAAAGGGCCACGAUGCAGGGAUCUCUCGCCUCUCACACCCUCACCCAUUGGUGCAUCAGGCCCAAUCUGUUCAAGGUGAAGCAGCCAACCUCAAGAGGCCUCAGAUGCCCCAGUCAGCCAGCUUCCACGGACUCCCAUUGCAUGGAAGGUCGAUGGAGUUCUCUCUCUAUCAGGAGACUCUUCUUCCACAGAUGCAAGAGGUGACCCCAAAGGAACCCAGUGCAGACCCCGGCACCCUCGUGUGAUGCAGCAGAACACACACACACACACACACACAACACUAGCUUAACUCACUAAGGCCCUUUUCACGCCUGGUAUUAACAUCUGUCCUCCGUGAUCCCAUCACACGUGGACAGUGCUAAAUACAACUGUUCACACUUAGUGUUCUGAUGCAUCUCCUGUGACCAUGUGAGGUCUUACCUGGCUUCCCCAUACUGUCAAAUACACAUUGACAUGGCUUAUUCUGAUUGUUAGGACUCAACAGUUAAGAAAAAAAUAAUCUAAUUGCAAUUUAUUAUUUACCAUUGUUGUGAUUUUGAUUUAAUGUGUGACAUUGUUUUAUUUUUAUUUUAAAGUUGAUCUUAUCUUGUGUGUUAAUCAACAGUUUGAGCGUCAUCGGUGCCUCAGUCAAUGCUGCAUCCUCCUUCCACCACCACGUUCUCAUACAGCCCUGUCGGUCUCGACCCUGUCAUCUUUUAGUGAAUUUUCUGUAAGAAAUAGAAAUAAAUAUUGUGUAAUUCAUACAUUACACACACACUCAUAUUCCCUCAGGCACAAAAACACUCAUUACCAGUGUAAUGUGAUCAGGCCGUGUGGUAGCAUUGGCAGCAGGGCCGGCUCUGCAGAGUACCUGCUGCAGCACAGCAUCCUUUUUUUUCUUUUUUAAGUCGAAAUAGUUCCACACAACCGAUGUAUUGUUCCUCUUUGACACUAAAGUGUCUGUGAUGCCAGGUGCUGUUGAGCCUGAGGUCACUGUACAACACGUCGCCUCCUCCCUCCUCCUUUAACCACCUGCUCUGCCCACGUUUGCAAGUGUAAUCGCAGCCUCUGCGGUUACAAAUGGCGUGUUUCCACCGAAUCUACUCGCCUCGCCACGGUUAAGUUACGCUUCCACUAGCAUAGUACCUGGUACCAGGUACUUUUUUUAGUACCUGCUCCGGCGAGAUUCCCUGCCGCUGUAUUUCAGUCCAGUGACUGUCAGACGGAGUCUUUGCUCCGGAGACGUCCGACACAAGAAUCAAGCCAAAAAAUGCUGAACUGUAGAUCAGUUAAAAAGACUUAACAAUCCUAAAAAUGUGGGUUAAUCUCCAACAAUUACCAGGGAAUUUUUGUAGUGGAGAUGCAACCUAAACUGUGCUGUGCCGU